GUUCUACUCUUAUACACAUGGGGUCGCCAUGAGUCAGGGUUGACUUGACAACAACUGUUUUUUGUUUUUUUAAGAUAAGUGAGGUGAUGCUCUGAAUACAUUUGUUCUGAGGGUUGAAGAGUGGUUGCCUAAUAAAGCGGUGGCUGAGCCUGUGUGUUUGCAGUGUGCCCCCUUAGUGCACCGCUCUGCAUGGCACGCGCUUCAGGUGUCUGUCCUUUCGAUGGUGAGGUCCUGAGAUGGGGCUCAUCAAUUCCAGGUUUUCCCCUUGUAGAUCCGUAUGCUGCUGCCAGUCUCCAUCAGCCUCUUCUCCCGCCCUUCUGAAUUUUUAAACUGCCCUCACUACAGAAGACGCUGCCUUCCUCACCACUAAUGUGGCAGGCCUGCUCUGCGUCUUGGUGACAUUUUUGGACUCUUUUCCAGGUUGUUUCUUUCCAGCUUGCAGAUUCAGAAUGGGUAGGAAAGCACCUGCGGUGCAGUUUUACAUCCAUGUCAGCAUUUUCAUGAGGACUUGUGAUGGAUGUGAACUAACCUUUGUUGCUUCCCUUGGUUCAUUACUGCCAUCUGUUCCCCUUGAGCAGAUCCAGCUGGUGCUGAGGCAACAUCUGCAUCAUAGACUUCCACUUAUCUUUUUGUUUUAAAUGUAAUUUUAGAUUUUGUUUGUUUUUAAUUGUGAACUCAGAAGAGAAGAUGGGUUCCAGCUAUGACUCAGUGUGAGUUCCUAUGUCAUAAUUCUACAUUUCUGUAGCGUUUGCACCUGACAGGAAUUGACAGGAAACAGAAAGAACAGGAAAGGCCUGAGAGGCACAUUCUAGUUGGCCCAGACACAGACUUUCACUGCAGGCUGGCAGAGAGGAAAACCAGCCAUCCGAAUUCCAAAGCACUGUUGGACAUUUUUUUUUAAUAAUAUUAUACAUGGGAAAGGGAUGUUAAAGGUGACGUAAUGAAGGAUGGCAGACAACUUUGAAAUGAAACUUAGUAAAUCGUUACUUUAAUUAAUGCUUAAAAACUUUUUUAGUUAAGUCAAAGUGACUUUUCGUUUUUGUAAGAAAAAGUAACCAGUUUUCAGGCUUAUAGAAAAAGCAGAAGUUUUUGAGGGCAGCACUUCCCCUUUUUGGUACAUGACGGUAAAGGAGGUGGAGUAGAGGACAGAAUGGUUGCGAUGGGGGAGGUUGUUGAGACAUAAUAAAAAAUGGCUUCCUCAAAAAUCGUCUUGAGUCUUGUCUCGUCCAUCUGACAAGUGUCGGGCUGAUGAAUUUUGAGCUUUCCCUGCAGCCCUGAGUACUGGGAUCCUAAUGAAUACACUUGCAUUAUGUCUUUUGCAUGUUUUAAUUUUCAUAAUGCAAGACACUCGAGGUUGGCAUGAAUAACAAGUAGGAAAAAAUUGGGCAUUUUUUCAUCUUGAACUUUAUCUUAAGCAAAUAUAUGGAAAUGAAAUACAGAUCUUGGAACAGAGAUUCUUUGUCAGAGUGUGAAAGAAUGCCAGUGGAGUCUAGCUUGAAGCUGCAUUCUGAGGAGACUUUAAAUAACGUGAAUAGACAAAAGGAAUGAUUUUGAGGAAGUGCCUUCCGGAGACUCUGGGAAAGCCCGUCCUGGGGAGACAAGCAGCUUGUGAGUGCAUCAGAGCCACACAGAUGUGGUGGUGGUCGGCAAGGCUGAAAGGUCCAUAGCUUGAUGGAUUUGGGGAGGGGGGAGUACUUCCACUGCCCCCAACCAACAGUGACUUGUGCACGGUAUACGUUUAUGUCAGGACACUUUCAUUUUCAGAUGGACUUUUAAAAGGGUCACCAUUAAUAGUCUUGAAUGUUGUUGUCUUUUGCCGUUUUGACUUGCAGUUGAGUUGAUUCCGACUUGUGGCAAUCCCCUGUGACACAGCAGAGCUGGUCCAUAGGGUUUUCUUGGUGUUGAUCUUUACGGAAACAGAUUGCCAGGCCUUUUCUUCUGUGGUACUGCUGGAUGGUUUUGAACCACCAACUUUUCAGUUGGCAGCUGAGCACAAACAGUUUGCACCAUCCAGGGACCUCAUACUUGAAUAAACUUUAUCACUGUAUUUGUUUAUUUAUUACUAUAUUUCUUAGUAGGGCUAGGAAAAUUACCAAGCCUGCUAAUAUGUGAGGGGCUUUGGUGGUGUAGUUGGUUAAGAGCUCUGCAGCUAAUCAAAAGGUUGGCAGUUCGAACCCACCAGCUUCCAUGGGAGAAAGAUAUGGCAGCCUGCUUCUGUGAAGAUUACAGCCUUGGAAGCCCUUUGGGGCAGUUCUGCUCUGUCCUAUAGGGUCACUGUGAGUUGGAAUCAACUCGAUGGCAGUGAGCAAAUAACAUACAGAAACCUCUCUCUUUUAAUCCCCCCCGAUUUCUCAGAGCAUAGUUGGAUUGUAAACCAUGUUACCAGCAGUGCUGGAGAAACUGUUGUCAGUACCAUUUUAUAGUUGUCAUUAUAAAUGUGGAUGUGUAUUGGUGUGUUGGUCCAGAAUCUAUCAAAAUGACAAUACAGUUUGAACUCCACGGUGUCUGAGGCAUUUUCAAAGUAAGCAGUGUUUAGUGUAUUCUUUCCUCCGAAACUUCUAGAAACAACACUAUUUCUUUGAGUGCAAAAACCAGCCUCUUUGAGCAGCACUGGGGUGGUUUCCUCUGGCCUGCUUUCAGCCGGGGUGCCCCUGUUGAGUGUACAGUCAGUGUAAAAAUAGGCAGGGCGGGAACUUGCCUGUCUGGGGCGAAGAAACUGUUGCCGAUUUAUACAAGCUCUUGCAUUUGAGUGGAUGAUAUUCUACAGGCUCAAGAAAAAAAAUCCAAUUUCAGGAUAAAAUUCUACAGGCUGAAAGAAUUCAGUUUCCAAAAUUCCGAGGGGAAAGGUUGCCCACGUUUCUACACUCCCUUUAACUUUUCUCUUUUGUAGUUUCCACCACUUAAAAAAUAAAUAAAAAGGAUGAAAACAAAACACCCCUGUUCUAUGUUUUGAGGAAAUGGUUUCGUGAGGCUGUUUGGUUAGACAAUGAAUUAACGGGUCAGAACUUCCUGGAUGGACUUUCUGUAAGGGAAAUAAAUGCUGCUGCAGAUGCUGGGCUUCAGCUUCCACAGGACACUUGCAAGGUUGCUCUUUUCCGGAACUACAGAUUUAUCUAAAAACAGACUGGUUGAAGUUCCAAUGGAAUUGUGCCAUUUUGUAUCACUGGAAAUUCUUAAUCUAUAUCACAAUUGUAUCAGAGUCAUUCCUGAGGCCAUCGUUAAUCUGCAGAUGCUGACUUACUUAAACUUAAGUCGAAAUCAGCUGUCCACCCUGCCAGCCUGCCUGUGUGGUCUGCCUCUCAAAGUCUUAAUCGCAAGUAACAACAAACUUGGAUCGCUGCCGGAAGAGAUAGGCCAACUCAAACAGUUAAUGGAAUUGGAUGUCAGCUGCAACGAGAUCACAGCUUUGCCCCAUCAGAUAGGUCAACUGAAGUCACUACGAGAACUGAAUGUCAGAAGAAAUUACCUUAAAGUUUUACCACAAGAACUAGUAGAUCUUCCCCUGGUAAAGUUUGACUUUUCCUGCAAUAAAGUGCUGGCGAUUCCGAUUUGUUUUAGAGAGAUGAAGCAGCUGCAAGUAUUAUUGCUGGAGAAUAACCCUUUGCAGUCUCCUCCCGCACAGAUUUGCACGAAGGGCAAAGUGCACAUAUUCAAGUAUCUGAGCAUACAAGCAUGCCAGAUUAAGACAGCUGACUCCCUUUACCUCCACUCGAUGGAGAGGCCGCAUUUACACCAGCACGUGGAGGACAGCAAGAAAGAUUCCGACUCAGGCGUUGGGAGUGACAACGGAGACAAGCGAUUAUCCGCCACAGAGCCUUCCGAUGAAGACACGGUUAGCCUUAAUGUGCCAAUGUCAAAUAUUAUGGAAGAAGACCAGAUCAAGGAGGACGUGUGCCAUCACCUUAGCCCGGUUAAAGCAGGUGAAUGUCUUCAGGAAUUUCAACCAGAGCCUUCCCUUUUGGGUGACAAUGACAACUCAGGAGAAGAACGAGACCAAUUUACCGAAGGAGCAGAGGUUCUGAGUUCUGAAUUUAUCAACUAUAUUAAGGGUAGGGCAGAAGACUGUGAGGAGCUGUUACGGAUAGAAGAGGACGCACACUGGCCGCCAGAGGGACUAAUAAGUUCAUCGAAAACUCAGGACAUGGACAUGAUGAUGAUUGAGCAGCUGAGAGAAGCAGUAGAUUUGCUGCAAGAUCCCACCAGGUUAAGUACAGAUAUUACAGAGAGAAGAGUCGUAAACCUGUAUCCCGUGGAGUCAGCCGAAGCCUUAGAAUUAGAAUAUACUGCAUUAAAUGGUCAGAUGCAGCUGGAGACAUCUCCGCUGUGUGAGGUGCAGAAUGAUCUAACAUCACGGAGUAAUGGGAGCCAGUAUUCUCCAAAUGAGAUGAGUGAGAAUUCCCCUGCUGUCUCUCCUACCACAAACAGCACAGCUCCCUUUGGCCUGAAGCCUCGAUCAGACCCUGCCCUCACUCUUCCUCCUAUCUCCUUCAACAAACUUACACAGGCACAAACAUGGGACAGCUCUAGCUACAGCAUUCCAUCUGAAGGAGACAGUGACAAUGUAUUUCUAAGACCUCAGAGAAAUUUGGAAUCUAUAGACCCACAGUUUACAAUUCGGAGGAAGAUGGAACAGAUGAGAGAAGAAAAAGAACUGGUGGAACAACUCCGUGAGAGCAUCGAGAUGAGACUCAAGGUCAGCCUGCACGAAGACUUGGGGGCAGCACUCAUGGAUGGGGUCGUCCUCUGCCAUCUGGUCAACCACAUCCGCCCGCGGUCCGUCGCAAGCAUCCAUGUCCCCUCCCCAGCAGUUCCCAAACUUAGCAUGGCCAAAUGCAGAAGAAACGUGGAAAACUUUUUGGAAGCAUGCCGAAAGCUAGGAGUCCCAGAGGAGAAACUGUGUCUACCCCAUCACAUCCUUGAAGAGAAAGGCCUGGUAAAAGUGGGUAUUACCGUGCAAGCAUUACUAGACGUAACCGUAAAGAACGCUCUAUUCACCUGAAGCCCACGCUGCCUCUUCCAUCGGAGAUAACGAACUCUGCUCUCAGAACCUGUUCCACCCACCCUCCCGCUCACUGCCUGUUAGUUCCCCAGCUCUAGUUGUAUUGAAAAGGCUUUCUGUCCAAGGGAGGACCUAAGGGAGUACUUGGUUCCUUUCAGGACUGACCUCCUACGUUAAGACUUGACAGGUAUUUAUCUUGAAACCAGCGAGGUAGCUGGUCAAGAAGAACUGAGCAUAUCAAUGCCUUUUUCAACUGUCAUCAUCCCUUCCACAUUCACCAACUGCCAUUACCAAAGCACCAAGCACAACUGUUUUGCAGCAAGAUGCACACAUUUCACGAAAACCAAACUCGUUAUAUAGAUAGAUAGUGGGGGGAGGGGACACCAUCAGGUUUUUCACCGCCAAAUUUUUCAGGAUUGUUUGUUGUUGAGACCAUUGCCUUUUAAAAAACUACUUUUGACAUGCAAAAUAUUUAUAUAAAUAUUAUUUAUUAGUGAGUUGUUAUUCAUCCGUUGGAUGUAAAUUGUAAAUUAGGAAAACUAUUUUAUUACUGCUUUUUUGUGGUUAAACACUUUAUUUUAAUAUAAAUAUUGAGUUAUUUUCUAUUCCUCGUAGGUCUCAGUAAUCAUGUUUUCUGGUGUAUAUGACUCACAAAAACAUUUUAAGCAAAAACAAAAAAAUGGUGCUUCUGUUUCCUGGGGAGGCAUUAUUUACUCUUUGGUUUGAGGAACAAUUGGUCUUAUUUAUAUUUCUGCAUUCCAUCCAGUUUCCUACAUUCCAGCAGCCCUGUUGUCCCCCAAAAUAAUGAACUGACUGAAAUCGAGAGAGCACCCCAGAGUUAUUUGUAAAUAGCUGUGAUAAAA